CUGUUUUUUUUUCUUUUCUGUAAUACAGAUUCAAAAUGGAUGAACAUAAGAGUUUUCUGAAAAGGUUAUGUAGACUGUGUGGGGGGCGGUGCUUGUCAUCAUUGGACACGAAGGCUGGGAAAUGUGCUAAGAGUUGUGCCAAAUACAGAGACAAAAUUCUUAGCACAUUUCAGGUUGACGUCUCCCAUGAUGAAGAAAGCACUCACCCCCCUCACAUGUGCCAUUCUUGUUAUACUUGUCUGUUUCUUUUGCCUAGGAAAGCUGCCCCCGCCUGGCCACCCCACCCAAGAACAGGUGUCUGCACUGUUUGCACAAAUUCUGUCCACCAACACCUCACAGCUGGUCGAAAAAAGAAGCAGAAACGCACAGGGGUUGGCAGGCCUAGAAUUACCCCCGCAUAUGUAGAGCACUUUAGCAGUCUCCCCCCCUCACCCACAGUCUCCAGGGAUAAGAUUUCCAAUUUUGAGCCAUUGUCAAGUACAGCCUUGAUAGAAUGUAAAAUUUGCACCCAGUUACUUGACAAUGCCCUGGAGACACCUUGCAUGCAUCUGUUUUGUUCUGGGUGCUUGACAGCACACUAUAAAUCUUUCAGAGAACCUAGCGCCCCAUGUCCAGUCUGUCAAGUACCAGUGCACUUCGAGAGCAUCACUGCCCCCCGAGGAUAUUUUGCUGAUUUGUUUUUUAGUACAGCUAUGAAGUGCACAGCAUGCAAGGUCCAUGUAACUGUGGGUGAAAUUUCAACCCAUGUUUGUUCAGUUAACCCACCUACAGUUUCAAUUGCAGAUAAAAUCGUUCAGCCAUCCACAACUCAAAGUGAAGUCACCCAGAUGUUGCUGCGUCCCCUGACUGCGCCGUUAACCCCUCAGAUGGAGGCUCUCGGAGCACACAUCUUGAAGACCAAGCUCGCCCAAUCUGCAGACGGGUUAACCACACAGUACAGCACCGGUGGUCUGCCUCUCAUGACACUUUGUGUCCCCACUCCUCGGAAAAGCAGCGAGGUUGCCUCCUCCAAAACCAUCCGACGGCGCUCAGAGAUUUUAGACAAGACCCGUAACCUUCUCAGCAAGGGUGCAACAAAGGAGCAGCACAAAGACGAACUCAAGCUAUGCCACCUGCGAAAAGAUCUGCAGGGCAUGUUGCGGGACUUAAAGAUCAACACCAUCAGGAUCCCCAACAUGCAGCUCCUUGCUGCGAAGGCUCACCUGGGAGUCUCUUGGAAGCGCACCAGGAAAUUGAAAAGAUGGUUGAGGGAGUACAACAUUCUCACCGAAGGAGAAAACGCCAUGCGUCAUCAACAACGAGACGUCGUGGCGGACAACAUCAUUGCUGAAAACCUCCCCUUUUCAUUCCCUGACGACGUCAAUGGAGGAGUUACCAUCAAGCCAGCCCCCUGCGUAGCUGUGAAGUCCCUUGUCGCUAAAGUUAGACAGCAACUAGAUGCCUACCAGAAGAACAACGAGCUAACUUGGCACGAGGGCAAUAUCCCACAGACCGAGGUUUGGGUCAAGAUCGGAGGCGACAAGGGAGGCGGGACGUUCAAACAGAUGUUCCAGAUCGCCAACGUUGGACGUCCCAAUGCCCUUAGACACACCGUAGUUGCUUGUGCUUUCGCAGCAGGUGAUACCAGCAACAACCUCAAGAUUGGUCUCCUGCGCUUCUGUCAACAAGUUGCUGAGCUGCAGUCCUGCACUUGGAAGAGCCACAACAUCAGACUCUUCAUGUUCGGGGACUAUGAGUAUCUCUGCCGAGUGUAUGGAAUCACCGGGGCUUCAGGGCGACACUGCUGUCUUUAUUGUGACAUCACAAAAGAGGACAUGCGCCAGCCCCGGGAGGAACGGACACCAUCCAGGCAGAGGACUCUACAGACCCUGGACGACGACCUCCGCAGAUUCAACGAUGAUGGCAGUAAUCUCUCCAAGGCCAAACUCUUCAACAACGUGAUCAGAGAGCCAAUGUUUAGGAUCCCGCUGACACAGGUUUGCCCCCCCGGACUUCACAUCAGUCUGGGGUUAUACCUCAAGCAUUUUAAUAGCUUUGAGGGGGCAUGUCAUGACCUUGACAUGCAAGUGGCGGCUGUGUUAGCGUUGCAAGAUGAACAUCGCACCGAGGAAGACAAUCCAGCACUUGGCUCCUGCUUCAAGAGUGUCGUCUCCGUGUUGAAGAGGGCCCGGCAACUAGAUCUGCAGGCAGAGGCCUUGGAUGAGGAAUUCCGUCAGAAAGAAGAAGACCUUGCGGACACCAUCAUGUCAUCUGUGGAGGGAAGUGCAGAUCUUCAAGCUUACAUCACUGAAACAACUGCACUGCGAAAGCAACAACAACAUCUGUUGGCGGAGGCAAAGGAUCUUCGAGAAAAGGCAGCACUUAAGCCAGGUCAAGGUCCUCUAGCUGGGCAACUUGACAUCGUUCUCCAGGAUUUCCGGGUGCAGCGACAAGCCUACCAUGGGAAGAGUUUUGUUGGCAAUCAUGUCCACAAAUGUUGCAAGGAAGAAAACAUCAAACUCCUAACCGACGCAGUAGUCAACAAAACCCGAGAUCUUUGUCCUUCCCUGGUGGGUGAAGCAAGAACAGUCGCUGCAAAGUAUGCCAAACUCUUCCAGCUGUUUGGCACUUGUCACCGGACGUUUAACACUUCAUCGGUCCUGGAUGGCCCAGCCGUAGAUGCAUUAAGCCAGGACAUUAAGAACUACCUGGCUUACUUCCGAGCCACUUUUCCAUCUGAGAGUGUGCCGCCGAAGAUGCAUCUACUAGAGGACCAUGUCAUCUCCUGGCUGCGGCAGUGGCACUUCGGUCUUGGCUUCCACGGCGAGCAAGGAGGGGAGUCGGUCCACGCCCAUCUCAACACCCUCCGGCGUGAUGUCCGAGGACUGCAUGAAGAAGUGGACAUUCUGCAGUCUGUCAUCCGGACUCACUGGGUCAUGACCAGCCCUGCCCAUGCACCACCUGCUGCCUUUUCAAAAUAAUUUCAUUUUAUUAAUUUCCAAAUCCCAAGGUUCAAUCCAUAAAGAACUGGUCACUUUUUCAUGAUGUGUAAAUAAUAUAUUUGUAAAUGUACCUUAAUCUUUGGUGUACGAGCCGCAAUAUUUUUGAGGGUCAAAAUCAAUGUAAUCUGCGACUUAUAUGCCUAAGAUUGUGGUACAAGAAACGGUGUAAGUAUGUAUCCUUUUGAUAAAAUGUACAUAAAAUCAUAUGAAUUGAUGAUGUGUAAAUUAUAAAUUUGUAAAUGCAUCUUAAUCUUUGGUGUACGAGCCGCAAUAUUUUUGAGGGUCAAAAUCAAUUUAAUCCGCGGCUUAUAUGCCUAAGAUUGUGGUACAAGAAACAUGUGUAAGUAUGUAUCCUUUUGAAGAAUUUUACAUAAAAUCAUAUGAAUUCAUGAUGUGUAAAUUACAAAUUUGUAAAUGGCCCUUAAUCUUUAAGCGUAUGAUCCCAAAGAUUUGAGGAUCAAAUUCAAUUUCAUCCGUGGCUUACAAUGCCUAAAAUUGUGGUACAAGAAACGUGUAAGUAAACAAACGUGUAAGUAAACAAACGUAAGUAUUUCUCUUAUAUGCCCAAGAAUGUGGUACAAAAAACAGGUGUAAGUAUUUCUCCUAUUAA